AUGCCCUACAACAACACUCCCAUCACUCCCUCGACCGAGAUCACCGGCACCGUAUCUCUCCCGCUCGCCAGAGUCAAGAAGAUCAUCCAUGCCGACGACGACAUCAACAACUGCUCAAACAAUGCCGCCUUUGCAAUCACCGCUGCCACCGAGCUCUUCCUACAGUACCUGGUCGAACAAACUCAAAAUGUCGUCAAGGCCGAGAAGAAGCCCAGGAGGAACAUUCAGUACAAGGACGUCGUCGCCCGUGUAGACAACCUCGAAUUCCUGGCCGACGUCGUGCCCAAGACUGUUAACUACAAAGAGCACAAGGCCAAGAAGCAGAGAGAAGAGAAGGAACCUGGGCAGACCACUCUCCCUAUUGUCGCCUCUGCCACCACUGCUACCGCCACUCUCCCUACUGCCGUGCUCCCUGCUCAAUCCGACCCAGUUCCUGCUCCCGUUCAAGCACAGCUUCUCGACCCCAUGGAUGAAACUUCGUGA